UAAGGCGCUGUGACAAGUGCACAGAAGUCCGCGGGUAAAACCCGUGAGCCUCCCAAAGACAAGUGACGAGUUCCUGCCGUGAUUUCAGAGAUGUGACAGGAUACGUGUAGGCCAAUGUGUGAAGUCGCCAGAGGUAUUUUAGAAACGGAGUACCGGUAUAUGAAAGGUCUACACGAACACCAGCUGGAGAAACGCGACACUUGUAUAGAUUUCAUUCCGUCACCGGAAGCAGUAGUUAGUCUCACGAGUCCGAGUUGCAGUCAUAUUGUUUUUUAAGGAUUUCACUUGGUCGGCUAUGUAUAUAUUUACAGCACCGGUUUACCACAUUACGGCCACAGUGACGUUUUCUGUUGCACAGGGAUCUUCGUAACUUCGGUAUUAAUAUUCUCUGCUGUUCACAUGCAGUUUGUAUUUGACUUAAUUCCCAUUUGUUCGGCGAACACUAUGUCCGAGCGCAGAUUACGGCCGAAUGGACACUAUGGUGCAGCUUCGCAGUCAGGGCCAUCGAGAUUGACAACCAAGAACAACGGGUACCGGAUCAAUUCCAUCGAACCGCAGCUGCGUUCCUUGAUCCACGCCAUGUACAAACCGAGUUAACUGCGCCUAUAACGCGCCUGGAACACAGGCACAAUAACCGUGCAUAUAUUCUGCUGCGUUGUUUUCUGCUGGAUUAAAGAACAGUGCCUAUUGAAUUGCCAUAUUACACUGUUUGACAUAUGGUGACAUUAUUCCAUUGGAUUGCCUCUAAUGGUUGACACCAUCAUGCCAGCAAAUUAACUGACUUCCUGUAUACCUGGAAAUCUUUGUUUUUACACUAAAGAAACACACCACCGCAUCUCCAACCAUCCCAAAAAUGUCUAACAAUCCUCGGAAAUUUUCAGAGAAAAUUCAGAUACAGCUGCAAAAGCAGGAGGAGGAAACCAGGCGAUUCAACGAAAUGAUGCAGGAAGCACAACUCGUCAAGGUGUUAUACACUGGCGGUCAAACGGCGCCACCGAUGCAUCCUCAUUUGCAUCACCAUCCUGCCAGUCAUGCACAGCAGCAUCCGAUCGGUCACACGAGUCGCGGCACACAGCAUCUGGUCCCAUCCUAUCCCAGUUAUCGCGGGGGAUCGCUGCCGAACGUAAACCAAAUGGCUAAUGCCGGUAUUGAUCUCCAGAAUGCCCUGGAAAGCUUGGAAAUGCUGCGAACCGAGCGCGACCUUUCUCCGCGCGGAGUGCGCCAUCCUAGUCCGACACCUCCGUCAGGUCAUGUCCGCCGGCAUUUCUCACCAACGAAGCGGCCUACGGAUUACGAUGCCAAUCGGAUGCCGCACUCUUAUCUGCUGCCGCCUGAUCAGAACAGUCAUUUAACAAAACGCGCCAUCUCCGAUCCCUUACUGCACCAGUCGGCCAAUCCGCACAUGGACAGCUUGGCCAGUCAGCAGGCCGCGCAACACCCAUCCGCACUUGGUCCUAAUCGACGUUCGCCGGUGCCUGACAAAUCCUCAGACUCUCAUAACUACUUGUGGAAUGAUCCGUCUAAGGGUAUGUACCGACCAAAGCCAUGCGACAUUCCUGGAACGAGUUCGUUUUCCGAGCGUGAUGCUCAUAUCGCGCAACAGCAGCAGCAACAACAGCAACACUUGUUGUCGCCCACAAGUAUUCAACCUUCCGCAUCGACCAAUCAGAGUUCAGGUUCUUUACCAGAUCUAACGAAUCCAUCAAUGAACUUUCCUACCCUUGUAUCUCCACUUGAUCCAGAAGAUACACAAACGGCACAGAUGUAUUCUAUGAAUAAUGCUAGUCCCCAGAUGCAAAUGUCAAAUCAAGUGCGAACUCCGAACAGUCACUCGUCAUCUACUAGUCCGACCAACAUGCGGCGAAUGCGUGGCCCGGACACCAAUGGUCCAAGCGGUGGACCGAGGAAAUCUCCGCAUUCCUCCCCUACCCUUCCCUACAAUCCAAUGAAUCCCUAUCAGCCGGUGCAUAAUUCGUUUGUAUCCUACCGGUCGAAUUCGAGCAGUCCUGGUGUCCAAUCCGAUCAUCUUGUUAUGAUGCAUGCAGGUGGAUCCAAUCCCGCAUCACCAGCAAAUUCUGGUGGAAUGCAAUACGCGCAAGAUCCACAUUACAUAGACAUGCACCAAAAAAUGCAGCAAAUAACAAUGGAUCAGCACAGCAUGCCGGAUCAAUUCAACAUUUUCAAUCAGUUUAUGAACCAUGAAUUCAUGCACAGAAAUCAAAACAACGACCCAACGCAGAUCCCGGACAUAAUAUUUACUCCCGCACUUGGUAUGGACGAUGGAAGUCAGCGCGUUGAUUGUUCCUCAGGCAUUUCUCCGCACACCAGCGUUGCUUCCGUGGUCAACUCGCAUCCCUACCAUCAUAUGGCGUCAGCUGGAAACGUGAACGACCACAACUUCUCAGCGCAGACAUUUAGUCAAGAAUCUGUUGAUCUCUUGGAUAUGUUUAAACUGGACCAGGACGCACUAAGUAUGCUGCACGAUGACACUCUGGGUCACGUGGUGGAUCCCGAAACAGAAGAGCAGUUCCGCCUGGACAGUAAUAUUCACUGAAACUGCGAUGUGCGUGUGGUGCAGAGCUGGCGUCACGAAAACAGCAUCGAUAAAUAUGGUUAUAAAAAUUCUUGAGCCUCAUGAACGACGAAAUACAGAACUGAAGUGCACGUGCCAAAGUUUCUUUGCAGAAAACCGAUCCAUCUCUUAAUUGGUGUAUGCGUGUAAAUUAGGUAUGCCGACGAGCGGAUAUGGUAGUGGAAUUAAUGUUUUAUAGUAUUUUAUGGUCCUUUGGACCGCAAUUCGGUGUCUGUUGUUGUACAGUGUAAUUCUGGUUUUUAUAUCGUCUUGUUGUUGCAUGCCGGCGAUUUUCGGUUGCGUAAACGGUGUAUUAGAACAUUUUAAUUGUGUUAGCAGCUAACUUAAAAAAUUUUGAAUUUAAUAAAAACACUGUU